AAAAAAAAUAAAAAAUUAAAAUUAAUUAAUUUAAGGAAGUUUAUAGAAAUUAAACUGGAAUCAUGAGUAUUCCUGGUAAUGGGUGCUUUGUGGUUCGAGGUGAAGUAUCUGCAAUUAUGACUGCUAUGCGUAGAACUUCAAGGAAUUCGUGGAACUAUCAAUAUGACAAUUCUGACACUUUAUCCAAGUCAUUUAAUGAAUUAAAAGAAUCAGUGCUGAAUAUUGAGGAUUUAAAAUUAAUUACGCCAGAAACUUUUCUCUCACCAUUUUUGGAAGCGAUUCGAUCAGAAGAGACCACUGGAUCUGUUACAAGCAUCGCCUUAUCUGCUAUUAAUAAGUUUCUGUCUUAUGGAUUAAUUGAUCCAACAAACUCAAACUUACCAGUUAUUGUCCAAAAUAUCGCUGAUGCUGUAACUCAUGCAAGAUUCGUGGGAAGUGAUAAUAAUUCAGAUGGAGUUGUUCUUCUUAAAAUUGUACAAGUUUUGAGAACUUUAAUGUUAUCGCCCGAAGGAAGCGCUUUGUCCAAUGAAAGUGUCUGUGAAAUUAUUCUAAGCUGUUUCCGAAUAUGUUUUGAGACUAGGCUGAAUGAAUUGCUGAGACGAACAGCUGAGCAAGCUUUAAAGGACAUGAUUUUACUAUUAUUUAUGAGACUUCCACAAUUUGUUGAGGAUUUAAGUACAUUCAAUAUCAAGCAUCUGAAGAUACGUCCGGAAGUUAGCAUCAAGAAUCCCAAAGCUAAAUCAAUAAAUGAUUUAAAUGACAAAAUCCAAUCAACAUCAAGUUUAGCAAAAUUAGACACCGAGCAAAACGAAGAAGUUAAAGCACAAGAGACAAAUGAACAUGAUCAAUUGAUUGCUAAUCAAGAGGAACAAGCCGAUAAUGCACAGCAGGAAAUUACUUCACUAGAUGACCAACAAAAUCUGUCAGACUCGUUCAAAGAGGAAUUAAAUACAUCAAGCUUAAAUUCUAGCAUUACAAGAUUUAAUACAGAAGUUGAUUCAUAUGUUCCAUAUGCCAUUCCAUGCAUCCGUGAAUUAUUUCGGUUCCUAAUCUCUUUAUGCAAUCCACUCGAUUCCCAAAAUACAGACAACAUCAUUCACAUUGCAUUGAACUUAUUGACUGUCGUUAUGGAAGUAGCAUCAGAUAAUAUUGGAAGUUUCUACUCAUUAACAACAUUAGUCAAAGAUGAAUUGUGUAAGAAUCUAUUCCAAUUACUCAAUUCAGAGCGUAUUCAUAUUUUUGCUGCAAAUCUUCAAGUUUGCUUCCUACUUUUCGAGUCAUUAAGAUUCCACCUUAAAUUUCAAUUAGAACACUAUUUAAUUAAAUUAACUGACAUAAUUGGAAGUGAGAAUGCUCGCGUGACUUAUGAAAUACGUGAAUUAGCAUUAGAUAAUUUAUUGCAAUUACUUAGAUGUCCUGGUUUUGCUGCUGAACUUUACAUCAAUUAUGAUUGUGACUUGUAUUGUGCAAAUAUCUUUGAAAAUAUCACCAAAUUACUGUCCAAGAAUGCUUUAUUAGCAACAGCAGGUCCGACAAUUUAUGGAACACAACUUUUGUCACUCGAUGCACUCUUUACGAUUAUUUCUUCAAUUGACAAGAACUGUAUAUCCUUUAAAAAAGGCAAUCAAGUGUCGUACAAACGUCAUUCCAGAAAUAACUCAACAGCACGUUCCGAUAUGUUUAAUAAUGAUGAUUCAUCAGUCGAUGGUGCUGUUUUUAUUAAGAAUAUGGACACAUUCAUACAGUAUAACACGAUGUACAAUAGAUUUGCGGGUAAAUUAAAAAUCGGAGAACUGCUUACUGAAAAUAAAAUGAAUGAAUUAAAAAAUAAGAAGAGAAUCUUAUCGCAAGGAACAGAUUUAUUCAAUCAACGUCCUGAGAAAGGCAUUCAGUUCCUUCAAGAGAAUGGGACGUUAAAUACGACUAUGGAUCCACUAGAAAUAGCUCAUUUCCUUCGAGAAUCACCAGGACUUGAUAAGAAAAUGAUUGGUGGAUAUAUCAGUAAGAAGAAGAAUGUUGAAAACAGGAUAUUGGAAGUAUUUGUCAAGUCCUUUGAUUUUACGUCAAUGAGAAUCGAUAAAGCACUUCGUUUAUAUUUGGAAACCUUUAGAUUGCCUGGCGAGGCUCCAUUAAUUUUCCUCGUUAUGGAACAUUUCGCAGACCAUUGGCACAAGUGCAAUAAUGAACCAUUCGCAAAUACUGAUGCGGCAUUUAGACUUGCUUAUGCUAUAAUUAUGUUAAAUAUGGAUCAACAUAAUCAUAAUGCAAAGAAACUGAAUAUUCCCAUGACUGCUGAAGACUUUACUAAGAAUUUGCGUGGAUUAAAUGGAAAUCUUGAUUUUGACCCUGAAAUGUUAACUGAAAUAUUUAAUUCCAUUAAAAAUGAAGAAAUUAUAAUGCCAGCAGAACAAACUGGAAUUGUAAAAGAAAACUAUACAUGGAAAGUGCUGCUUCGUCGCGGUGAAGGCAAGGAUGGAGAAUUUACGCACGUUUUAGACUCAAAUUAUGACAAACAACUUUUCCAAGUAACUUGGGGAUCAACAUUAACGGCUUUUGGGUCACUUUUUGAUAAAGUGUCAGAAAUUGCAGUCGUUAAGAAAAUUAUUGAAGGAUUUAUGCACUCGGCUGCAAUUUGUUCACAUUAUAGUCUCCACCAAGAAUUCGAUGCAAUAAUUUUAACACUUUGCAAAUUCACGACACUUUACAAUACCAGCGAAACAAACGAACUGAUUGUUAGUGUCCAAUUCGGUAGUAAUUCAAAGGCUAGAACGGCAAUGAAAUCAAUAUUUAAAUUUCUUCAUGAUUAUGGUGAUUCGAUGCGAGAAAGUUGGAAGCAUGUCAUUGACUUGCUUGUCCAGAUGUAUAAAAUGAAACUUUUGCCAAAGUCAUUUGUUGAAGUUGAGGAUUUCUGUGAGGAGAGUAAUAAGAUUAUUUUACAAUACGAACCAGUUCCAGUUCAAAAAUCAGAAGCUAGCUUAUUAAGCAGCUUGUAUUUAUAUCUAAGUUCCGAAAGUCAACGUCAGCCUUCGUAUGAGGAACAAGAAAUACUAAAAUUGGCACGUAAAUGCAUCAAAGAUUGUCAAAUUGAUCAAAUGAUUGUCGAAUCUAAAUUUCUACAUCCUGACUCGUUAGCUGAAAUUAUAUCAUAUCUUGAGACGUUAAUUAAGCCACCGACAAGUCACAAGUCAAUCGGUGUCUCGUACGAAGAGAAUUUAAUUAUUUUUUAUCUUGAACUUUUGACUAAAAUUCUAAUCCAAAAUCGCGAUCGUGUCCUGCCAUUCUGGCCAAAAUGUAGUGAAACAUUUAAUUCAUUAAUAAGCAGCAGUGCUUCAUGUGGAUAUGAGAAUUUAUUAAAACGAUCAACAAUUGCAUUACUCAAAUUAGGAAUCUAUUUAAUGCGCAAUGAAGAACUGGCAUCGACUAUUUUGCAGAGCAUGCGAAUAUUCUUGAAAUUAAAACCGAAAGUUCUACAGCACAUAGCGAUUCCAGUGUCCAUUGGAAUGUAUGAAUUGUUAAAGACAUCAGCACAAAAUAUCCACACAGAAAACGAUUGGUCAAUUGUCUUUAAUAUCCUCGAAUGUGUCGGUGCUGGAUCAAUUUCGUCAAUAUCGUCAGAAUCAAAUAGUGAUACAGUCGGUGCUGGUACAAAAUCUGAUGGUGCUUUAAGUAGUGAGGAAGAAACAGAAGUAUCAGAUCGAGGCUAUACAAGUGAUUCUGAAAUAUUGAAAAAUUCAUCGCCAGUGACACCACUUAAUGGUGAGAAUUGGAUUAUUGUCAAUAAGGAGCAAGCUGAUGAUCAGAAAAAUAGUGAAAAAGUCAAUGCUGCAUCAAACAUUUAUUAUCCAUGUACAUUAAUGCCUCAUCAACCAGUUGCAUUAGUUAAAUGUUGGGAUAGUUUGGCGUUUAUUGUCCGUAAUGUUGCUCACAUUACGCCUUACAACUUUGAAAUUUGUGUUAAAUGUAUUAGGACAUUUGUGGAAGCAUCGAUGGUUCAUGGUGCAACAAAGAAAAGCUUAAAAAGCAAGCAAGCAACAGCAGCAAAUAAUAAAAAGAAUCAAGCAAGAAAAGUAAAGAGUUCUGAGUAUAUUAAGGACCUUGGUGAUGAUCAACAGAACAAUGAAGUUCCAGAACGUUAUGAGACGAUUUCCAUACAAUUAUUGGACUUGAUGCAUACGCUGUAUUCAAGAAUAGCUCAAAUAUUCCGUUGGUGGGCUGAAGAAAGUGGAUCGAUGCCUCAAUGUUCAGCAUUAUGGUCUCAAGGAUGGUGUCCAUUGUUGCAAGGAAUUGGACGAAUUUCAACGGAUCAUAGACGUCAAGUAAGGACAAGUGCUGUGACUUGCUUGCAACGAUCACUUCUUAUGCAUGAUUUACAAACUUUAAGUGGACCAGAAUGGGCUGGAUGUUUCCGACAAGUUCUAUUUCCACUUAUGAUUUUUUUGUUGAAUGAAACUUAUGAAAAUAAUGGUACGGAACCGUCAUUGAUUGAGGAAUCAAGGAUUAGAAUUUCUACAAUUAUGUCAAAAGUCUUUCUCCAUCAUUUAACACCAUUAAUGACACUGCCUGAAUUCAACGAAUUGUGGCUUGAAAUUAUUUUAUAUUUAGAGAAAUUCAUGAAACUUGGAACUGACAUGCUUUAUGAAGCUGUUCUUGAAAGUUUAAAGAAUAUGCUGCUUGUUAUGUACUCCGUUAAGGCUUUCCAUAAUCCUGAUGGCGUGACUUAUUCUGUUUUAUGGGAAAUGAGUUGGAAUCGGAUUGGAACUUUCUUGCCAAGCCUCAGAGAGGAGCUUUUUAAGGACAAUGAUAAUCCAAUGCUGAACGUAUCAGCAAGGAUAAUACCGUCCCCACUGAUUUCACCAUCAACAGAACAAAAAGAUUUUGUUCCAAAAGAAAUAGAAGCAUCAAAUCUGACAGUAGAUACCAAUAAUCAACAAAGCUUACCAGAAGUCCAACCAGAGGAAGCUGUUGCUGCUUCAAAGAUUCCAGAAAAUGCUGUCAUUGAGGAAUUAACCGAACAUAAUAUUAAGAAGCAAGAUGAGACACCAGUUUUGUCAAGAAUCGUCGAGGAUUAUGCACUGGAAAUGUCACAAAAGAAUGAAUCUUCAAUGCCACAGUCAUAUGAGACAUACAUGAAAAAUUCAGAGGAAACAACAGAAACUGAAGACAUUAAUAACUAUCCAUACCUAACUUCACAGCAACAUGAUGAUCAAAUGGAAAGAUUCUCAGAAACAUCAAGCAUUGAACUUGUCAUUCAAGGAGGUCCAACUGAGCAUCAAUUAAACAAUUCUAAUCCACCGAAAAUUCCUGAUAGUCACAUGCUUAAUUUUAAUCCUUAUCCAGGAAUGAAGAGCUUUAGUCACGUUCCAGUUAAUAUCAUUAAAAGCUUUACACCAGUUCCACAUGCUGAACAACAGAGAGUACCCGACUUGGGUGAAAUUUAUAAUGAAUAUAAGCAAAAUCCUUAUAACCUCACGCUUCAUUUAGAUAGCAAUAAUGCAAAUAAUUCUACAGGAAAUUCAAACUUCUUUCAGUCAUCGUCUUAUUUCAAUGAUUCGUCAGGAUCGGAGCUGUUUACUAAACCAUAAUUAAAUUAAAUUAAAUAGUAUGGCAAAAUAAUCAUUCGAUAGUGAAAAAUUUAACGUACCAAGUUCUUUUAUUGGGAAUCUGUGGUCUAAUUUUUGUUUCCAAAUAAUUUAUUACAAUUUUAAAAAAAUUAUGAAAAAUUAUCCACAAAAAAAAAGUUGUUGUAAUUUAUUUAAUGUCAAAGUAUGAAGAAAACUGUCUGUUGCGAGAAUCCACUUGACUAUAAUAAAAAUAUAUUUCUUAUUCACAUUUCAUUUUAUAUCCUAAAUUAUAUGCUGUUUUAUCUGCGUUACUAAAAUGUGACUGACCAAACAGCAUCAUUUUUUUGGGAUAUGGAAGUGAGAAACAAUUUGUAAAGUUUAUUCUAUGAUAUAAAGGUUUAUUAAGUAUUUUAAUAAAAGAGAGCAUUCUAUACUAAUAUUGAACUGUUUUUGAUUGAUGAACUGAAUGAUUUUUCUUGCACCAUUCAUUUAAUUUGAAUAUUUUUAUAAUUUAACGACCUCAAUCUAAAAAUCCCUAAAAUGCAGCUACCCUAAUAUGCAGAUAGUACUGCUAAGAUGCAGAUGGUACUGCUAAAGUGCAGAUGAAAUUUAUUUUCCCUAAAAUGCAGAUGAAAUGCUGUUGAUUUAAAAAAGGUAUAAUGCAGAUGAUUUUUAUCGCAUAAAGUGCAGAUAAGAUGCUGCCCAAAU